AUGGUAAUUGGGAAAAAAGUUCUUUCUAUACAAUCACAUGUUGUACAUGGAUAUGUGGGGAAUAAAGCAGCCAGUUUCCCAUUGCAAUGCAAAGGUUGGGAUGUGGAUGCCUUGAAUACCGUACAGUUCAGCAAUCAUCCAGCUUAUGGAUUCAUAUCUGGGUUCAAGAGCAAUAGCGAUGACUUGGAAAGUAUAAUUGAGGAUGGUCUUGUAGGUGGGCUAAAGAUGAAAUACAAUGCAGUGCUCACUGGGUAUCUUCCAGACACCGAGGGUCUACGGAAAAUAGGCACAGUGGUAAGAAAGAUGUGUGAAGACGACAGGGAUUUGAAAUGGCUUCUCGAUCCUGUGCUUGGAGAUGACGGGAAAUUAUACGUUCCAGAGGCCACGGUUGCAAUUUAUGAGCAGAUUUUACGAGAUGGAUCUGUAUUUUUGGCCACACCAAACCAAUUCGAGCUUGAAAUCUUGACUGGAUUACGCAUUUUUGACCUUGCGUCACUGAAAUCGACUAUGAAAAGGUUUCACGAGUUGUACCCGAAAGUAUGCUAUCUUGUGGUAACAAGCGUCGACUUCGAAAGUGACAACUUUGUAUCGACAUGCACUGACUUCACUGACUACUGGUAUUUCACUGUUCCUCGUAUCAAAGCGCACUUUUCCGGUAGCGGUGACCUUUUCAGUGCUAUAUUAAUGGACCUGCUAUUAUCUUCGAAGGAUGAAAAUGUGGAUCUGCCGCUGGCCCUAAACAAAGCUCUCUCUUUGGUGGACGAAGUGCUGCAACGGACAUAUGAUCUGACCGUAAAACCUACGCAAGAGCCUGAGCAACCAUUCAGGAUAAACGAUUUGAAGAUUAUACAAUGCAAAGAUCUCUUCAGAAAUGUCUAUGUAGCCAAAUUUAAAUGUAACAAGUUAUAG